UGUUUUCUUGCCCCAUGGCCAUGUGAGGCGCCAAUUACACUGCUGAAAUGAUUAGCAAGUAGUGUUCGCUGCCUCCGUACAGCCUCAGUGCCUCUUCAGAGUUCCCCCGCACCAUCUUGCCACACUGCCCUUCACCAUGCUCACUGAAGAUACUUUCAGAGAUUAGAUUUUUGGACUCGCUUAAUAAGGUUCCACCUGUGGAUUGUAUGGGGGGGACUAGCAAGCCGGGCAGCGUUACCAUCAGCCAGGUGGAACCACUGUAACGGGACAGGACGAGAUCAGCUAAAGCCUCCACAGCAAGUCACACUAUGACUAACGAAACUAAAGAUUCUGGAGCGGAGCCCGGCACUAUGGACGUCCGAAAUCAGGAAGUCGUGCACCUGACACCUCCUGAGGUCAUAAACCACGGCUUCAUGAAGGUCUUAAAGCGUCCCGUGCAGUGGCUGAUCAUCGUUGCUCUUCUGAUCUCCUGGUCAGCAGCUGGAAUUGUCAUGUUUGACUUCGUGAGUGACGACCAGCUGACGAAGCUACAACACAUGAGUUCAGAUCCGAUGACGGCGGUGAACGAAGCCGUCGAGGGCUUUACGGACAAAAUGAGCAGCUUAAAUGACAUUUUUAAUAAUGCACAUGAGUACGUUCCCGCUGUAAUCACGGAUCCCGUGGCAGCCGUUGACCAGUGGGCCGACGCCUCGACGUCGUUUCUGUUAGGAAUACACGAAAGUGUAGGAGUCACUUCUUUCCUUAAACCCGGCGGUGAUGUACUGGAUGAAAUGAACGAUUGGAUUAGGAGCCUGGUCGGAUAUUUAUUCCACAUGUUUGAAGGUCUGUUGGAUGCGGUAAUCCUCGGUCCUCUGGAAAUGGUCGCUGAGGCGGCUGCGAAUAUUUCCGACACCGUCAAGGUCAUCUUGAGGUCGUUCACAGGGGUGUUCAAGGGCGUUGAAGUCUGGAUUCCUAAAACCAGCACAAGUCCCAUGGAAUUGGCCGGUGAUGUUCUCGAAGGAGCACAAAACCUCAAGAACAACAUCGUCACACACGUGUCCAACCUGUUCUCGGGGGACGAAGGUGGCGUUUCUGAUCUUAAGUUUGAUCCGGUGAAAGUUGUCACAGACACGGUGGAGGAGCUCUCUGACAGAAGGGACAUGUUUUUAGCAUAUCUCUCUAAUAUCUUGAUGGAGGAUAAAGACGACGCUCCGCACGUGAUCAGGAGAAAAGGAGAAUUUCUGCCACCGAAGGAAAAAGUUGCAGAGUUACUGGGCAGAAAAAAGGACGCCGCCUACCUUAGUCUGAAACGCCAGCUUUGGAAGGCGGAUAUCGCUAAAUGGAACACGAUAGCCAUCGAGACCACAGAUGUGAAGGACCAAAGGACGGCAUCCGAAGAGGAUGGUGCUGAUGUCCGCUUGGUAGAAUCACUGGAUGUAGUGAGCGAUAAAGAUCCAGCUGAAACUAUGGAACAUGUUGCUGAUGUCAUGGAUGACCAGGACACAUCUGGACUAGAGGAAGAAGUCAUACAUCAGGGAGCGGACUUGCAUGAAGCUGAACUGGGUAACGUCAUUGAGGAGACUUCUGAUGCUGUUGGUGAAGUGGGAAUGGGGUCGAUUCUAGAGAUGGCAGAUGAGGACACUGUUGAAACUGUCAAUCCUUCUCUCAUUGAUGAAGAAGAUGAAAAUGAGAAGAUCGAUGACCACCCGACUCAAACAGGUGACGCUUCCUCAGAGGUCGUAGUUGAGGAGACGGUUAAUAUCGAUCAUGUCGUUGAUGAGGAGCAACCAGUAAAAUCUACAUCAAUAGUCGAUCCCAAAGACCGAGUCAACGUAGAUGCUCAGUCAGAGGCCCUUGGUGAAGAGGAAACGGUUGAAAAUCUUGAUGUUUCUGACGUCAUUGGUGAAGAGGAACCAGUAAAAUUACCUAACAGUGCAACCAAAAAGACUGAUGAAGACCAGACUUUUUCAGACGCCACUAUUAACGAGGAAUCUGUUCAACCCACAGUUUCAAAUGUUGAGAAAACAUUCAAACCUUCCCUGAAAAAAGAACCAGUUGAAACUGUUUCUGCUGUCAGUUUUGGUGAGGAACCAGUAAAAUUACCUGAUACUGUGACAAACGAGAACGAUGAAGACCAAACUAAGACUACAACUGGUGUCACUUUCUCCGAGGCCACAAUUAAAGAGGAAUCUGUUCGUACAAAUGUUGAGGAGUUAAAACCGAUUGCGAGCGAAAACCCUGAGGAAAACCAGUCCGGGACCAGUGUGACUUUGUCCGAGACUCCGUUUAAAAUGGAAUCGUUUGAGCUUUCUUUCGUUGUUGAUGAAGAAAACCCGAUAAACUCGACACGAUUUCCUACAAAAGAUACUGACGAAGAAGAAACUAAAAUGGAUGCGUAUACUGAGUCGGUUGUUCAGGAGUCAUCAACUACUGAAUCGUCUGGCGAUGCUCAUGAUGAACCCGAGGAUAAAGUGGAAGAAAAGGUGAAGGAAGAAGCGAUUCAGGAAGUACAGGAGGAUCAGGUUGAGAACGCAAUGAAGAAAGAUAAUGCCGAAGACCCCCGAAAUCUAGAAUCAAACGCUAACGCGGUCCACGCUCCGUUUCGUAUAGAAGACGACGUUAUUCAGAGUGACGAUGAAAAUAAUAACAACAACGAUAGAAAGAGACAACCAGUCAAAAGAGAUCACGUUAGGCAUGGAGCGACGUCCAAGGAGACCAAUCAUCAAGAAGAUGAGCGUCAUGAAGAGGACGACAAAGUUCUGGAGCAGGAACGAAUUGCUAAGGAGGAAAAAGCUCGGGAGGAAGUCUACAGAGCCAUUCAAGAAUUGCGAGCUGAAAAGGCUGCAGAAGAAGCAGAGAAAAAACUCGGGAAGGAUGACGAAAAAGAGAAGAAGAAAGAAGAGUCGAUGAAGGACAAACUAAAAGAAAAGUCUAAAAAGAACGUAAGCAAGAUUGCAGAAAUUAAAGAGCAUGAAGACUUGGACAAGAGGGUUAAUUUUACAAUUAAAGCUGUAAAGGUCACCGCGGAGAAAGCCGAACCGCUCGUUAUAAAGAAAGAGGCCAAAGCUAAAGAAGAGAAAGCUAAGCCAGCUCGUAUUAAGAAAGAGCCUGAGGUCAAGAAGGAGAAGAUCAAAGCUGCUUUUCUAAAGACAGAAGCUCAAGAUGUUAAGAAGAAGAUAAAACCAACUCCUGAAAGGAAAGAACGUGAAGCUGCUCCAAAAGAAAAGGCCAAACCUGAACCUGCUCCAAAGGAGAAGGUUAAACUUCAACCUGCUCCAAAAGAGAAAGCAAAACCAGAACCAUCUCUAAAAGAAGAGGCAAAACCUAAACCUGCUCCAAAAGAGAAGGCAAAAGAUGAACCUGUUCCAAAAGAUAGAGUAAAACCAGAGCCUUCUCGAAAAAGAGAGGCAAAACCUGAACGUGCUCCAAAAGAAGUGGCAAAACCUGUUCCAAAAGAGAAGGCAAAACGUGAAGCUGUGCCAAAAGACAAGGUAAAGCCUGAAGCUGUUCGGAAAGAGAAGACCAAACCUGAAUCUUCUCCAAAAGAAGAGGCAAAACCCAAACCUACUCCAAAAGAAAAGGCUAAACCUGACUCUAUUCCAAAAGAGAAGGCCAAGCCUGAACCUGUUCCAAAGGAGAAGGUAAAACCAGAACCUGCUCCAAAAGAGAAGACAAAACCAGAACCUGUUCCAAAAGACAAGGCUAAACCCGACUCUGUUCUAAUAGAGAAGGCCAAGCCUGAACCUUCUCCAGAAGAGAAGGUAAUAGCUGAACGUGCUCCAAAAGAGAAGGAACCUGCUCCAAAAGAGAAGGCAAAACCUCAACCUAUUCCAAAAGAAAAGGCCAAACUUGAACCUACUCCAAAAAAGAAGGUAAAACCAGAACCUGAACCUACUCUAAAAGAAGUAACAAAACGGAAACCAGUUCAAAAAGAGAAGGCAAUACCUGAACCUCCUCCAAAAAAAGAGACAAAACACAAACCUACUCCAAAAGAAAAGGCUAAACCCGACUCUGUUCCAAAAGGGAAGGCCAAGACUGAACCUGUUCCAAAGGAGAAGGCAAAACCAGACACUGCUCCAAAAAAGAAGGAAAUACCUGAACCUGCUCCAAAAGAAAAGUUGAAACCAGAAUUUACUCCCAAAAUGAAGGCCAAACCUGAACCUGCUCCAAAAGAAAAGGCAAAACCAGAACCUGUUCCAAAAGAGAAGGCAAAACCAGAACCUGUUCCAAAAGAGAAGGCAAAACCAGAACCUGUUCCAAAAGAGAAGGCAAAACCAGAACCUGUUCCAAAAGAGAAGGCAAAACCUGAACCUGUUCCUAAAGAGAAGGCAAAACCAGAACCUGUUCCAAAAGAGAAGGUAACACCUGAACCUGUUCCUAAAGAGAAGGCAAAACCUGAACCUGUUCCUAAAGAGAAGGCAAAACCUGAACCUGUUCCAAAAGAGAAGGCAAAACCAGAACCUGUUCCAAAAGAGAAGGCAAAACCUGAACCGGUUCCUAAAGAGAAGGCAAAACCAGAACCUGUUCCAAAAGAGAAGGUAACACCUGAACCUGUUCCUAAAGAGAAGGCAAAACCAGAACCUGUUCCAAAAGAGAAGGUAACACCUGAACCUGCUCCCAAAGAGAAGGCAAAACCUGAACCUGUUCCUAAAGAGAAGGCAAAACCUGAACCUGCUCCAAAAGAGAAGGCAAAACCAGAACCUGUUCCAAAAGAGAAGGUAAAACCAGAACCUGUUCCAAAAGAGAAGGUAACACCUGAACCUGCUCCCAAAGAGAAGGCAAAACCAGAACCUGCUCCAAAAGAGAAGGUAAAACCAGAACCUGUUCCAAAAGAGAAGGUAACACCUGAACCUGCUCCCAAAGAGAAGGCAAAACCAGAACCUGCUCCAAAAGAGAAGGCAAAACCAGAACCUGUUUCAAAAGAGAUGGCAAAACCAGAACCUGUUCCAAAAGAGAAGGUAAAACCUGAACCUGUUCCAAAAGAGAAGGCAAAAGCAGAACCUGUUCCAAAAGAGAAGGCAAAACCAGAACCUGUUCCAAAAGAGAAGGCAAAACCAGAACCUGUUCCAAAAGAGAAGGCAAAACCAGAACCUGUUCCAAAAGAGAAGGCAAAACCAGAACCUGUUCCAAAAGAGAAGGUAACACCUGAACCUGUUCCUAAAGAGAAAGCAAAACCUGAACCUGUUCCAAAAGAGAAGGCAAAACCAGAACCUGUUCCAAAAGAGAAGGCAAAACCUGAACCGGUUCCUAAAGAGAAGGCAAAACCAGAACCGGUUCCUAAAGAGAAGGCAAAACCAGAACCUGUUCCAAAAGAGAAGGUAACACCUGAACCUGUUCCUAAAGAGAAGGUAAAACCUGAACCUGUUCCAAAAGAGAAGGCAAAACCAGAACCUACUCCAAAAGAGAAGGCAAAACCAGAACCUGUUUCAAAAGAGAUGGCAAAACCAGAACCUGUUCCAAAAGAGAAGGUAAAACCAGAACCUGUUUCAAAAGAGAAGGCAAAACCAGAACCUACUCCAAAAGAGAAGGCAAAACCAAAACCUGUUCCUAAAGAGAAAGCAAAACCAGAACCUGUUCCAAAAGAGAAGGCAAAACCAGAACCUGUUCCUAAAGAGAAAGCAAAACCAGAACCUGCUCCAAAAGAGAAGGCAAAACCAGAACCUGUUCCAAAAGAGAAGGCAAAACCUGAACCUGUUCCAAAAGAGAAGGCAAAACCAGAAGCUGCUCCAAAAGAGAAGGCAAAACCAGAAGCUGCUCCAAAAGAGAAGGCAAAACCAGAACCUGUUCCUAAAGAGAAAGCAAAACCAGAACCUGUUCCUAAAGAGAAAGCAAAACCUGAAUCUGUUCCAAAAGAGAAGGCAAAACCAGAAGCUGCUCCAAAAGAGAAGGCAAAACCAGAACCUGUUCCUAAAGAGAAAGCAAAACCUGAACCUGUUCCAAAAGAGAAGGCAAAACCAGAACCUGUUCCAAAAGAGAAGUCAAAACCAGAAGCUGCUCCAAAAGAGAAGGCAAAACCUGAACCUGCUCCAAAAGAGAAGGCAAAACCUGAACCUGUUCCUAAAGAGAAGGCAAAACCUGAACCUGCUCCAAAAGAGAAGGCAAAACCAGAACCUGUUCCAAAAGAGAAGGCAAAACCAGAACCUGUUCCAAAAGAGAAGGCAAAACCAGAACCUGUUCCAAAAGAGAAGGUAAAACCAGAACCUGUUCCAAAAGAGAAGGCAAAACCAGAACCUGCUCCAACAGGAAGGGCCAAACCCGAACCUGUUCCAAAAGAGAAGGCAAAACCAGAACCUGCUCCAACAGAAAGGGCCAAACCAGAACCUGCUCCAAAAGAGAAGGCAAAACCAGAACAUGUUCCUAAAGAGAAGACAAAACCAGAACCUGCUCCAAAAGAAAAGGCAAAACCAGAACCUGCUCCAAAACAGAAGGCAAAACCAGAACCUGUUCCUAAAGAAAAGGCAAAACCUGAACCUGCUCCAAAAGAGAAGGCAAAACCUGAACCUGUUCCAAAACAGAAGGCAAAACCUGAACCUGCUCCAAAAGAGAAGGCAAAACCAGAACCUGUUCCUAAAGAGAAGGCAAAACCAGAACCUGUUCCAAAAGAGAAGGUAAAACCAGAACCUGUUCCAAAAGAGAAGGCAAAACCAGAACCUGCUCCAACAGAAAGGGCCAAACCAGAACCUGCUCCAAAAGAGAAGGCAAAACCAGAACAUGUUCCUAAAGAGAAGACAAAACCAGAACCUGCUCCAAAAGAAAAGGCAAAACCAGAACCUGCUCCAAAACAGAAGGCAAAACCAGAACCUGUUCCUAAAGAAAAGGCAAAACCUGAACCUGUUCCAAAACAGAAGGCAAAACCAGAACCUGUUCCAAAAGAGAAGGCAAAACCAGAACCUGCUCCAAAAGAGAAGGCAAAACCAGAACAUGUUCCUAAAGAGAAGACAAAACCAGAACCUGCUCCAAAAGAAAAGGCAAAACCAGAACCUGCUCCAAAAGAGAAGGCAAAACCAGAACAUGUUCCUAAAGAGAAGACAAAACCAGAACCUGCUCCAAAAGAGAAGGCAAAACCAGAACCUGUUCCUAAAGAAAAGGCAAAACCUGAACCUGUUCCAAAACAGAAGGCAAAACCAGAACCUGUUCCAAAACAGAAGGCAAAACCAGAACCUGCUCCAAAAGAGAAGGCAAAACCAGAACCUGUUCCUAAAGAGAAAGCAAAACCAGAACCUGUUCCUAAAGAAAAGGCAAAACCUGAACCUGUUCCAAAACAGAAGGCAAAACCAGAACCUGUUCCAAAACAGAAGGCAAAACCAGAACCUGCUCCAAAAGAGAAGGCAAAACCAGAACCUGUUCCUAAAGAGAAAGCAAAACCAGAACCUGCUCCAAAAGAGAAGGCAAAACCAGAACCUGUUCCUAAAGAAAAGGCAAAACCUGAACCUGUUCCAAAACAGAAGGCAAAACCAGAACCUGCUCCAAAAGAGAAGGCAAAACCAGAACCUGUUCCUAAAGAGAAAGCAAAACCAGAACCUGUUCCAAAAGAGAAGGCAAAACCUGAACUUGCUCCAAAAGAGAAAGCAAAACCAGAACCUGCUCCAAAAGAGAAGGUAACACCUGAACCUGCUCCAAAAGAGAAGGCAAAACCAGAACCUGUUCCUAAAGAGAAGGCAAAACCAGAACCUGUUCCAAAAGAGAAAGCAAAACCAGAACCUGUUCCAAAAGAGAAGGCAAAACCAGAACCUACUCCAAAAGAGAAGGCAAAACCAGAACCUGUUCCAAAAGAGAAGGCAAAACCAGAACCUGCUCCAAAAGAGAAGGUAACACCUGAACCUGCUCCAAAAGAGAAGGCAAAACCAGAACCUGUUCCUAAAGAGAAGGCAAAACCAGAACCUGUUCCAAAAGAGAAAGCAAAACCAGAACCUGUUCCAAAAGAGAAGGCAAAACCAGAACCUACUCCAAAAGAGAAGGCAAAACCAGAACCUGUUCCAAAAGAGAAGGCAAAACCAGAACCUGCUCCAAAAGAGAAGGUAACACCUGAACUUGCUCCAAAAGAGAAGGCAAAACCAGAACCUGUUCCAAAAGAGAAAGCAAAACCAGAACCUGUUCCAAAAGAGAAGGCAAAACCAGAACCUACUCCAAAAGAGAAAGCAAAACCAGAACCUGUUCCAAAAGAGAAGGCAAAACCAGAACCUGUUCCAAAAGAGAAGGCAAAACCAGAACCUGCUCCAAAAGAGAAGGUAACACCUGAACCUGCUCCAAAAGAGAAGGCAAAACCAGAACCUGUUCCAAAAGAGAAGGCAAAACCAGAACCUGUUCCAAAAGAGAAAGCAAAACCAGAACCUGCUCCAAAAGAGAAAGCAAAACCAGAACCUGCUCCAAAAGAGAAAGCAAAACCAGAACCUGCUCCAAAAGAGAAGGCAAAACCUGAACCUGUUCCAAAAGAGAAGGCAAAACCAGAACCUGCUCCAAAAGAGAAAGCAAAACCAGAACCUGUUCCAAAAGAGAAGGCAAAACCAGAACCUGUUCCAAAAGAGAAAGCAAAACCAGAACCUUUUCCAAAAGAGAAGGCAAAACCAGAACCUGCUCCAAAAGAGAGGGUAACACCUGAACCUGCUCCAAAAGAGAAGGCAAAACCAGAACCUGUUCCUAAAGAGAAGGCAAAACCAGAACCUGCUCCUAAAGAGAAGGCAAAACCAGAACCUGUUCCAAAAGAGAAGGCAAAACCUGAACCUGUUCCAAAAGAGAAGGCAAAACCUGAACCUGCUCAAAAACAGAAGGCAAAACCAGAACCUGUUCCAAAAGAGAAGGCAAAACCAGAACCUACUCCAAAAGAGAAGGCAAAACCAGAACCUGUUCCUAAAGAGAAGGCAAAACCAGAACCUGCUCCAAAAGAGAAGGCAAAACCAGAACCUGCUCCAAAAGAGAAGGCAAAACCCGUACUUUCAGAGGCUGAAGUUUCCAAGGACAAGGCCAAACCAGUCCCAGUAAAAGCAACUGUACCUGUGGAAGAAAAGGCAGAACCAAUUCCUUCCAAGAGAGAGCCUGAAGUCGCGAAAGAAACACAGAUCCCUGUGGUAUAUCCCAGUGCCAAAGAUAUCGCCAUGGAAGUGGAGCUCCUGAAGGCCAUCAACCAAAAGCUGUCCAUUCUGGAUUUAUUAAGGAAAGACAUUGGUGAAAUAAGAACCGAUCUGGAGGUCACUCAAAGCCAAAUCGAUCAAUUAAGGAUGGACAAUCGGACGCUCAAAGAGCCCAAGGAAUUCAAGGAGAAAGCAAAGCCUGCAGUGAUGAAGAAAAGACCUGGACCCUUGAAAGAGAAGCUUAAAGUAUCUACUGUGGUUAAAGGACGUGAGGCUCUGAAAAACCUCACGAAAGCAGCCACUGUGAAGAAAGGGCGGGUGCUAAAGAACAUCACUAAAGCAGCAUUUGGAAAGAAAGAAGAACAAGCUCCGAAAGAAAGGGUCAGGCUUGAACAUCAAAAGAAAGAAAUUCCAAAAAAGAAAAUCACCCCAGUGGAGAAGCUUCCAGAAAAAGAAAAACCCACUGAGAUGACAUUCUCUGAAGAGAAGGAAACAAAAGAUGACACUGAGGUGACCAAGGGUCCUGAACCAGCAGAAGAGGAAGAAGUCCCCUACUUCCAGUGUUUCUACGUGGAUGAAUAUGAUAUCCAGUACCCCUUCUUCCCCUUUUCACCAUCUUUCUUAUGAGGGUCACCUGCAUCAGCUUGUCCACAUCUGUGAUAAAUACAAUGGCCUUCAGAGGUUACCGAUACACACCUGGUCCUCAAUGAUGUAAUCAAGGAGGUCGAGGACGAUUAUUUUCAAUGAGCUGGACGAGCUUUCAAUAACGGGACAAUACAGGCAAUUCCAUGUACUGUCUAAUUGUGUGUCUUGUUCUAGAGAUGUUCAUGUUACUGUAGGUUUAGUUUUCAGGUAUUUCAGAUAGGUCCGUUGUAUCAGUAAUACGGAAUAUAAAUCGCACACCGCGGACGCAGUUCGAGUUAAACGACUUUGUACUUCCUGUUUCGCGUUUUUACACUGAAUGUAAGUCUUAAAAGGAACGGCAGAACUGCGUGUCCAUGAAAGCUCUGACAGACGACGACGACGACGACGACGGAAAAAGCGCUCGUCUGAUCACAGAACACUUUGCACUGUGUUAAAAGGCGAGGUUUUAAUACCUGAACAUACUUUGGUACUCGUGCCUCAUUUUGAUAGAGUGCUGAUUCAAAGCAUUCCACUAUGUUCAAUCAAAAUGACGGAUGAAAUAUGUUUCCUGAAAAAAAAAAGCAUCUCAGUAAUCGAUGUUAAUGCAGACAAUGGAGGUAUAGUCAGUAUAUCUGAAGGAUGGAUUUGUGGGCUGUGACGUUUGCUGUACAUUUUCCUCAUCCUGCGUUCAACUCUAUGCGUUUCAGUAUUGUACAUCUCCACUGAACUAUUUGAAAAGGUACAACAGGGUCAGCGAUUGUACAGGACGUGGUGUAAAUCUUUAAUUCAAAUAUAAAAUCAUAUAUAGACUUUCCCAAACCUAAUCCUUGUAGCUGGAUUUCGUAUUAUUUAAGCAACCAAAGCUUACAAGCACUAACUCUUAGCUAUUCGCGAUGGUUCGACUGCGUAAAUUCUUCCAGAUGCGCGAUUACGGGACCUUGAUGUCGGAUUAUCCCUUCAUCUUUUAAGGAAAGAUAACGAAUUUAUUAAUAAAGGUCACCCAGUGCCAUCGUUAUUUAUUCACUGAACGGUUUAAUCACGAAACUGUGAUUUGAGGAAAAACAUAGUAACUGGUGUUUACACGAAUAUUAAAACAUGACGAGUUACGUUAGAAAUAUGUCCGCUGAUGUGCGACGUUAACGUUAAGGAAUAAAACACGACACAGCGUGCCGUUACGGUAAAAUAAUCACUGACGGGCUUGUUGUGAUGCAGUCCAACACAAAGCACUAACAAAGAGUUAGUUACUACUAUGAAGUUGAUUGUUUUCCUAUAACAGCAUGUCCUUAAGUGUUUUAUUGGUUUUACAUGAGAGAAAUUUGCCGACGACGACAUGUUUAUUUGUUUGUAGUUGUGGAACGACCACGAAACAAGUUACUUCCUGUUAGUUACUUACUUAUUAUUGCAGCUAUAAACUUUCUUGAAUGAAGAUGCUGCUUGACGUGUUACUGAUUUAAACUAAAAAGGCCCUCCACACUGAGGACUUUCCUGUGGUGGAGGAAAAGUUGUCAUUUUACCUCUAAUUUGUUAGAAUAGAAAUAAUAACGUAUUGGAAUGAGUGUGUUGAUAUAAACGUGGCUUGCAGGCAGAGUUAUAGUCAGGAUUACUGCUAUAGAAAAUUAAUCAACACCUUCUGACCAAUCAGAAUUGAGAAUUCAGUAGCGCUGUGGUGUAAAGGACAAUAUCAACUCCAGCCAUUACUCCUGGUUUUGAUCAUUUGUUACAGGUAUAAGGUUGGUUAUAAGCUGUCCUUUUGCAUUGGCAUCCUAUUGCACAACCUACAACAGUUUAACCGACCAAAGGCAAUCAUUAUUGAUGCAAUUGCGUUGACAAUUUUGAGCAUUUUGGGCCAAUAUUUCUUCCAUGUAUCGUUGUGUCGAUGAAUAUUGGUUCUGAUGAACAAUAUUUUAGAUCAUAGUCUGGCCCAAAUUGACCAGAACCUCAAGAACACGUCAUGAGUUCAGUCUGGAAUGAGUCGAUGUAUCCUAAACGUAGACUGAUUCCGAAAACGUCACACCAUAUCUAGAGAACUAUUCCUUAAAUUGCGUAUGUUUUUUGUUUUAAUAUCCUAGCACAAUCACGGGCUGAUUAUGACAUAUCAGAUACUUGCGUCAUUAUGACUCACAGAUUUUGACUCUAGAGGUAAAGACUGUUCAGAGUUUGGACAUCCAAUAAGAUGCAAGAAUUUUGCAGGAUAUGAUACGUCUGGGGAAAUAUCUAGGCUACAUAAUGACUGAUAAUGAUCUCGGAUCAUUAUUAAAUGACUAAUCACAAAUUCUUCCUUUCUGGGAAACAAUGACAACAACAGAAAUCGUGUAAAUAUACAUAUUUCUUUUUUUUUUUUUUUUAAAUAACGAUGUCUUGGUGUAACUGUAUUUUUAAAUACAGUGCAUUUUCACUAAAUAUGUUGGUCUUAUCUACUGUAAUGUAAACAGUAGAUGAAAACAGUUUUGCGUAAGUAAACCUUACGUUUACGAAGACAUUUUUAUUUUUAUUUUUUGUCCUUUUACUGUUCACUUAAGAAAAAACUGUCACAUAUCACGGAUUAACAGAUUAUGAUUUAUAAUCUGUGCACAGUCUUUUUAUUUAUUUAUAUUAUUAUUUAUUUAAUAACUUCAUAAACAGAAAGCGCUGUAAAAGAAAGCACCGUUUUUGGGGAUCUUUGUAUUAAAUGAAACAAGCUCAAUAUUUCAUAUAAUAUGCUUGUUUUGUAAGCUGUAGGUUGUUUUACGAGGCGUUGAAGUCUAAGAAGGGCCACAUUGAUGUUGUACAAAGAUGACAUAUACAGUGUGUGAUUUAAGCCAUGGUGCUCAUCACAGGCUUGGUUUAAAUUGUUCAGAUUCUCUAUAAACACUGUAUACUGUAUACUGUAUAGCAUGUGGCGUUUGUAUUUCUAUUUCUUUAUUGUUCAGAUUCUCCACAGAAAUGCAUGAGGUGUGUUUUCUGCUUUUGUGUCAAACUGCAGUAUAAAAACACGGCUGAUAAAAUCGCUUAGUAGGCGAACGUAAUGUAAGUAGUAUAAUUUGGGGUUUUUUUCCGUGGUAACUUCAACAAUAAAAAGCUAUCUGGCUCUUAUAAAUAGACAAAAUAUUAUUGUAUGUUUUUAAUGAAUUGAAAUAAUGUCCAGGAAAUAUGAAUAUGUACGGAGGAAUUUAUUUUACAGUUAAAGAGGUCCCUGAGUACAAAAAGCUAAAAUAAUGCAAUAAUCUGCAUUUAUAAUGUCGUUAUUUUCAGCACAAGGUCUGAAACUUGUAAGAAAUUCAUAAUUCUGCUUGGCGUCUCCCUUCAAUAAAUAUUUAUGAAUA